AUGUUCGAUAGUUUGGCCCUAUCACAGCCGCUUUGGACCAAACAAAAAUUGCCCUUUCAUGCCAUAUAUCCUUUUAACUGGCACGAUCCGGAGAAACAUCCAUUGGCUUACAUUAUCGUUUACAUCUGGCAAUGUUUUGUGCUCACCUACAAUUUGACUUGUGUUCUGUAUAUAGAUUCAUUAUGCGUUCACAUCUUUCUUCAGCUCGGCUGCAAUCUAAAGAUCCUGUGCCUGGAACUUCAAAGUUUAUGCCAGUUGAGUCGCAAGAACGAACAAGUCUUUCGUCAGGAACUUUACAGAUUGAUUGAAUUUCAUCAGCGAAUUAUCAGUCUUGUUGAUCGUACCAAUAGAGUCUUCUAUGCCCCAAUGAUAAUGCAGAUGAUUGCCUCUUUUCUCAUGAUUUCCUUGUCGACAUUCGUGUCCCUUGUCGCCCGUCAUGAACCCUCGGUGGCAGCCAGAUUUGUCAUAUUUAUGGUGUUAUCAUUCUUGCACCUAUCCUACUGGUGCAUUGCCGGUGAUAUGGUCACCGAGCAUUCACAGAAAGUAGCCCACGCUGCCUACGAGGUCUACGAAUGGUUACCCUAUAAACCGGAAGUCCAGCGGGAUGUCAUGUUCGUCAUUCAACGGGCACAAUUGCCACUCAGCAUGGUCGCCAGUCCUUUUCCGCCCUUUAAUCUCUUCAGUUAUAUGUCAAUACUCAAACAAUGUUAUACCAUUUUGACGGUACUGCUGGAGAGCCUGGAUUAA